UUAACGACCCUCACUUCCCCUCAGCCUCAGCCUCAUUGUCCCCAGCUAGAGCUGGCGCUGCUUUUGUGUUCUUGGAUUCCUGGGUCUGCAGUUGCCUUAUUAAUGCCCAGCGACCGGUGUCAUCUCCAGGGAGCUUUCCAUCUUCCCCAGGACCCACACUGUCACCCAUUCAUUCUUCCGUCCCCAGCCUGGAGACGAGCCCCUUUCCAGGAUGGUAUUCUUGGUUCUGGCUUUGUCUGAUCCGAGGGAUGUGCGUAGAUGCCCGUCCCUCCCCCCCACAAGCCACAGUCACUAUAAGCCUCGGGGCGAGAGCUGCCCAGUCACUGCUGCCCAGCAUCUGCUUGGCCCUGCGCCUGUGACUGGACAGCCUUACAGCUCUGGCGGCCCCUUUCUCCAGGGCUCCUGCACUAUGGAUCCAAGCACUUCAAAGGCUCCCUGGGCCACCGUGACACUGCUGCUCCUGUUGCUGGUGCUCCCGGCCUUGCUCCCGGCCCGGGCGGCAGCCCAGCCCAUGCCCAAUUGCUGCCGCCAGAAAACCUGUUCCUGUCGUCUCUACGACCUGCUGCACGGAGCCGGCAACCACGCGGCGGGCAUCCUCACCCUGGGGAAACGGAGGGCGGGCCUCUCCGGGCUGCAGGGACGGCUCCAGAGGCUCCUGCAAGCCAGCGGCAACCACGCCGCGGGCAUCCUCACGGUGGGGCGCCGGGCUGGCGCCGGCGGAGAGCCCCUCUCCAGUCCCUCCGGAGCUCCGGGCUACAGCAGCUGCUCCCGGGGCCCUGGCACUGGCUCCUGCGCUGGGCAUCUGUGUACCGACAGCCCCGCGGCACAAGACAUGGUCCAGAGCUGGAAGGGGUCCUAAACCGCGGGGGCAAAAGCUUACCUAUAGCCCCUCCCCAAACAAACGCGCUUUCAAUGCCCCGGGGCCCUCCCAGACUCCCGGGGGGCUGCUCAGUGACUUGUUGUUUGGGCAGUGGCUAGGGCAGGGUGGGGGGUGGGAACUCUUCUUGAUUACCAUGUUAUUCGGGACGGCCCCAGGUGAGGGAAUAGGAGGGACAGGUGGGUUUCUCCCCGCCUCCUCUCAGCCCUAGAUCUUUGCUCCACCCCAGGAAUUGGGGAAUAAAGAUGACUCAAGCUGAA